AUGGGAAGUGAUUCCGACAUUGUUGAGAAAUUUUUGAAGUUUGGUGCUGAUAUCAAUGCGCAGAAUGACUGCUUCUCUUCCAAUAAUGCUGGUUACACACCUCUGCAUUUUGCAGUACAAUUCGGUAGACAAAGUAUAGUUGAAGUGCUAUUGAAAUAUGGAGCUGACAUCAACAUUGAGAACUGCAAUGGGUACACCCCUCUUCAUUUGGCAGUUUCAAAACGAUUAAAAUUCGUCAACAUAUUUUUAAGAGAACGUGAAGUAGACCUGUCCGUUAAAAAUUCGUUCAAUCAGACAUUCGCCGAUGUGUUACUUAAAAAUAUGGAAGAAUUUAAUGAAGACUUUGUGGAAUGUAGCAUGAACAUUUUGAGAUGUGGUGCAGCUAAAAAUGCUAAUUUUUCCACCAAGACAUUGCUUAUAAACUUAUUACUAAACAACUUUGGUACACCCACUUUAAAAAAACUGAUUGAAUUCAUACCUAAUUUAUCUGAAACGGAUAGUCAACGUCGCACAAUUAUGCAUCACUGUUUGAAGCAGUAUUACAAUCUUUUCCAGAAUUAUAGGGGUCGUUUAGCUGACAAGAUUGAGAUACUCCUGGAAAAUGGCAUACCGCUUGAUCAACAAGACAGAUGUGGUAGAACACCUCUUCACUACGCAGGUUUGUGCUACAAAAAUCUCGAGCAUGUCGUGACAUUUUUGAAUUUGGGAGCUGACAUAAAUGUGAUUGACAGUGAAGGGCACACUCCCUACACGUGUUGCUUUAAAAAUGUGUAUGACACGCAUACCCCUAUAGUUGAAAAAUACCACGAACACAUAGCUAAAAUCGAGGCUGCUGGAUUGUACCUACAUCCUCUAAACAGAGAGCGAAAACGAAGAAACUCGUAUCUGUAUGGAGAAUAUUCGUACGUACUGGACGAGAAGGCGAUGGACAGAGUAAUCUACGAUUCUCUUCGACUGCGCGAUCUUCUUACAGAAGAAAUAGUGUUGAACUUUACCAUGAUGACGCCCUCCAAGCGUGAAUUCAUCAAAAAGUUUCUCAGAUCCAAAUCACUGCACGAAGAAUUUGCUGAAUGGUCGGCCUUGUUUAAUUUGCAGUACAGAAAGAUGUUGGAAAGACAAAGCCUGUGGGGAUCUGCAGUCGAAUCAUUGUACGAAAGUCUCGACCGUAUUUCAAAUGCCAUCCACAGCAAGUUUCCAGAGCAACUUCACUACAAAGUUUCUUGGGUUAAACGAUAUACGAAAUUUUGUAAAAGUGAAUUUUGA